CUCCUUAAAAUCUUCUGUCGAGCAACAGGUGAAGCAUUCGUCUGGUGCGACCAAUGAUUUAUUUCCUCGUUUAAAAAAAGUGGAAUAACAGCAGCGUCCGUGUUAAGGUGCCAGAUAACUUUCUUUUACGAUUAAAAGGUCUCUUCAAGUAAAAAUGGGGUGCUUUACAUUUGUGAAGGUUAUGAUGAUCCUUUUCAACUGCCUCAUCUUUCUUGCAGGAGGAGUCCUGUUGGGUGUCGGAAUAUGGGUUAGCGUGGAUGGAACAUCUUUUGUAAAAGUAAUUGGUCCUAUAUCUUCUCAAGCAAUGCAGUUUGUCAACAUUGGCUACUUCUGCAUUGUGAUUGGUGCCAUCUUGGUUAUCCUUGGAUUUCUGGGAUGUUGCGGUGCACAGAAAGAAAGUAAAUGCCUGCUAAUGAUGUUCUUCAUUAUUGUUCUUAUAAUCUUCAUUGCUGAAAUUGCUGCUGCUGUCGUGGCUCUGGUGUAUUCUUCUUUCGCAGAGAGUCUUCUUCGUGCCUGGGUAACUCCACUACUAAAGAAUGACUAUGGAAAGAAGAAAGAUGUGACUGGAAUCUGGAAUACUACAAUGACCGAACUGAAGUGUUGUGGCUUUACCAACUACACAGAUUUUACCGAUUCCUAUUACUUUCAAAAGAACAGUAAUACAUACCCACCGUUCUGCUGCAAUACAACAAUUGUUUGUAAUGAAACGGAGGCAUCUAGCAGCAAUGUACAGGGAUGUUUUAAACAACUCUUUGACAUUCUGAAAGAAAACGCACACAUUGUCGGUGGGAUUGCUGCAGGAAUUUGUGUAUUAGAGAUUGCUGCAAUGGCGGUGUCAAUGUAUCUGUACUGCAAGAUUGAUGGAAAGACUUAUGGAUGAGAGCCAGCUUAUUGCAAGUUGUCUAGGGAGUGUAAUGAAACUUCAGAUCAAUGUUCGAUUGUACUGGGAGUUGAACGUCUUCAGACACUUGGAGUUUAAUAUGAAAUGACUGGAUGCCAAUACAAAAUUCUAAGAAUCCAUUUAUAAUGGAUGUGCAGAAAUCUUUCAGAGGAAAAUCCUUGCUGACACCAUUGCAUUUGUCCUAUUGCACUAGGACAAGGUACCUUUGUUUUCCUAUAAUUUAGUUUUCCAUCAGUCUCAACUGGAAAUGAGGUACAAGUGCAAAUGUUUUAACUUUUGAGUACUUCUGGAAUUUGUCAGUUUGAUUCAAACAGUGGCUGCCUUGUUUAGAUUUAGUGGGACAAAUGUUGUAUCCGUUGGCUAUACUUUUAAGUUUUUGACCCCUUGACCAAGAGCUAAAAUCUUAAUUUUGCCCACACUUUGAUAUUUUUAUUCCCAUCACCACUUUACAAAGUCUUCAUGUCUUGGAAGCCUUUUAUACACAGCACUUUUCUGAAAAAUAAUUUCUACUGAGCAGUGUAAAUUUUCUUUUAUUAGCAUAAAUACAAAUAAGGUAGGGCAAGACUACAAAUUGAAUGUAUGCAUAGUCCUGACAUUGGCUAACAAUGUCCACUAAUCUUGUAUUGCACUGGAUAAGUGAUCCUCUUAAAUGAUAAAGCCUCUUGCUUUGUAUAUAUCAUCGAAUAAUUAGUCUUUGUAUUUUGAUUAUGACUUUCAAUGAAGUUGAUUUGUAUAAUUGUGUCUUAAUAAAUUAUGAACUUAA